AUGCAGGUUAUGAGUGAAUUAAAAGGAGAUAAUAAUCCAAGUCCAGACGUUGUUCGAAGGCUGAAUGAUGAUUCGAUCGAGCCAACAUCAUUUUUCCGAAGAAGGAGACUGCUUCAGCUUUCGUGGUGGAAAAUGCCAAGACGAUACCUCAUGGCCAUCCUGUGUUUUGUUGCUUUUUUCAUCAAAGGGUGGAUGUGCAUGGACAUAGGUGUCAUGUUGAUAAAUAUUUACGUAAUGACACACGAGGAAAAAAAGAUUGUUCUUCCAAUGUCAGUGAAUUGGACAGCUGAUGAUAUCGAUGCUAUAGAUUCUGCAUAUUAUUGGGGUUACGCUGUAGCUCAAGUUCCAGGUGCAGCACUAAUAGCCAUGUGCUACUCUUCACACAAGUUGCUAACCAUUUCUAUGCUCAUCACAUCCUUUCUGCAUUUUUUUACUCCGUUGACUAUACAUGAAGAUACUACUGGAAUAAUUAUAAUGAAUUGCUUGCAAGGAUUCACAGUGGGGUCAAUGAAUUCUGCCUGCAUCGGAAUUUGGAAGGACUGGGCUCCACCUGAAGAACGAACUCGUCUUGUGAUAUUAUCUUAUUGUGGUCAAUUUCUUGACGUUCAUGUGGCUCUACACAUCUGUAAUUUUCUUGCAGAGCGCAUCAGUAUAAUAGGAAUUUAUUGCGUUUCAGGCAUUGCUGGUGUUCUGUGGUGUAUAAUAUGGUAUGCGUUGACUUCAGAAACUCCUCACAGCGACCCUAACAUUUCAGAAGCAGAACUUAUUUAUUUGGGAAAUAAGAUACCGUCAGAAGUUAAUGAGAAAAUUAGUAUUAAGAGCAUUCCUUUUACAUCAAUCCUGAAAUCCCUUCCCGUAUGGUCUUUGGUACUUAUUUUUAUAGCAAUUUCAUGGUCAUUCCAUACGAUGAUGCUGAUAACAUUUUUUGCUUAUGAUUUAGAGCCUGGUUAUAAGAAUAUCGCCAUAUGUAGGGGUAUACUCUAUGUAACAGUGAUCGUUAUCAUUCCCGCUUCAGGAUUCCUUGUUGAUUUUAUUAUCCUCAAAACAGAAAGAGGACCAACUAUCGUCAGGAAAACCUUUUGCUCUGCUUCCCUGGUUGUGUGUGCACUCUUUUCGUUUGUCCUAGUUCCAACCGAUCCAACAACGUCUUUCUACUGUUUCACGUUGUCUUUCGUGGCUAUAGCUUUCUGCUUGGCUGGAUCUUUACCUAAUGCCCUAGACCUUUCUUCUCUCUAUGCACCAUUUAUAAUGUCAAUGGGGAUGAUGUUCUCGACAUUAGCCAUUGUUGGACAAGAUUAUUUCAUGUACUACAUAAUUGAAAAUGAGAUGGAAUGGAAAACAGUUUUUCUAGUCACUGGAAUACUCUGCGUUUUGGCAGCAUUACUUUUCGCUUUAGCUGGGUCCGCGGAGGAACAAAUCUGGUCUUCAACGUCUCAUCGUUACUCUCCAGAUGGCGCACGCUGCUAUCCUCGCGUAGAGGUCGACGAGGACGUGCUGGUCACGGACAGUUUAUAGCGAAGUUCUUCCAGCUCUGUCUCUUGUUCACUGCAGAAGGAGAGCCUUAAACAGGGAAAACUUUUGCAAUCAAAUACAUUAUGUGAUGUGUGAAAUCUGGGCUCGCCAACAAGUUUUUAAAAACAUACUUGGUUUUAAAACCGAAAGGAAGCAUUAUUUUAUUGAAUUAUUAUUUUAAACAAAUACAGUGGAGCGUCGAAAAUCAGAACUGACUAGGACCCCAGGUAGUUAGAAUUUUCGAAAAUAACCAUGAAAACACCGUUAAGGAAAACACAGGGCUUCCGAAAAGUCCUUGACACGUUUUAAAACUUUAUAGAAAAGCAACUAAUUGUGGUAUCAAUACGCGAUUUGCGCCAUAAUACUUCACAGGUUCGAGAUUUUUUCGAUCGCAAAAGAGGGGAAAAAAAGAAAAAAUUGUUUUUCAGUAGACCCUCGUUUUACGCGGGGGUUACGUUCCACGGAAAUGCCGCGUAAAUUGAGACCUAAUAGCAGUGUUCAAAAAGGGGAAAAGGGGUUGUUUCCGUAGAUAACAAAAUAUUUCAUUCUAGUGAUGACUAAUUGUAUAAUAAGUUUAAUGUGUACUUAUAUCGACUUUUAUGCACAACAUGCAUAAUAAAAACAUGAAUUAAUUUCGUGUCCUGUCGGGACCACCGUGACAAAGUGCGCGCUCCGUUCGUCGCCGCGCGUUCUUUCUACCCGGGCCCGGAACACAGUUGAGUGAGUCACGCUAAGCGAUCGAACGUUUUGCUUCGUUCGCUGACAAUAUACUCGAUUGCAAGCUUUUUUUCAUUGAAAGAGCAAAUUAAAUUUUCUUAAAAUGUGUUUACCCAUGAAUUGUUUUCCACAGAUUAAAGUAAAAAGAAAAAAAUAACAACAAAUAAUUUUGAAGCAAAAUAUUUUCUCAACAAAAAGUAAAAUGGUGAAAAUCUUCAAAAUAAAUUUUCUUGAAAACGUUGCUAAAAGCCUGAUCAUCCAAAAAAAAAAAAAAAAAAAGAUUUUUCAACAGAAACAAAUUAUUAAUUGCAUAUUAUACAUGACAAUACUAUGAAAAUGUGUUUACCAAUAAAUAGACAAGGUAUUUUUUUUAUUGUUAUCAUUAUUAUCUUGUAAUUUAAAAAUCAAUAUACAUUCCAUCAAACGUUUAAGAUAAUAUCGAUACGUUUUCGAGCCUUUUAGUGGCAACUCUUAAUUUCAUUAAAAUAUGUAAUAUAAAAUUAAAAAACAGAAACAAAGAAAGGUUGAAAAUGAUGUCAUUUUUUGAUAGGUCUUAAGAUAAAAAUAUUUCUGUGUGCAAUUAUUUUGCACUGAAAACGAAUCCCAACUAAGCAAGAUUGAGUUGAAUGUUUUUUCAAGAAUAUAUAUACUAAAGCAUAUUUAUAAAUUCAAUAGAUAGGUCAAAUUUAGAGUUAAGACUUCCUUUUGAAAGACACAUGAAAGGUUCUCAUAUCUCUUUCUCUAUAACACAGUACUUAUCAGAACAAUUAUUAUUGUAAAAUAACCACCAUUAGUUCAAAAAGUAAAAAUAGUAGGUUAAAAAGAGAAAAACAUAGAAAACGUUAUAUACUCAUGCAUAUAACCAAAAUAAAUAAAUUAAAUAAUUGAAUAUUUUACUAAGGAAAUAAGAGAAAAAUUUAGCACUUUAAAUUCAUUCUCCUAUAAUUUAAACCAA